AAUGAGGCCGGGCCAGAUCAGGCCGGGGAAACCCGCCGGCCGCGCCGCUCCUCGCCUGCGGGCCGGGCCGCACGUCCACCGGCAGGAGGCGGAGGCAGGAGGCGGGACGGAGCCGCCCCGCCGCCGGCGCCGGCGCUUCGGAGCUGAGCUACCCGGCAGAGCCACACUCGCGCGCAGCCAUGCAGCCGCUUCUCGCCUUCCUCGUGCCUCUCCUCCUGGGCUGCGCAACUUGCGCGCAAGCGCCGGGCUCCGCCGAGCAGCGCUGCUUCUGCCAGGUGAGUGUCGCGCGCCCGCGCGCCCAUCCGCGCGCUCCCCACCCUCGGCUGCCGCCGGUCCCGGGGCGCGCCUGGUGCGUAAAAACGCAGCGCCACGGGGCUUGCUCCAGAGGAAAGGGAUCCGAUCCGGUUGGGGGUUCGGGUUGCGCUGUAAACAGCCGAGGGGGAGAACUGGUCCCGGAGCCCCCAUCCUCUGAAGGCACUCUGCACAUGCUCAGGGCACGAUGGCGGCCUGGAUUCAGGAGCUGAAUUGGUGAUGGGUUGGAGACGUUCGGGGGUCGCGUUUCCUUCUCCACGCGCCUCCCCUUGGAAAGGUUUUUUUUGCUUUUUGGCUGAGCUUCUCUCGUUAGUCUUUAGGAGACGCAAAUCACUGUUGAUCUCUUUCUCCUUAAUUACAUUAUUCAUUGAUGAUUUGCAUUGCUUAAUGAGACUUGCGGUGGCGGUUCAGCUCCUCCUCGGCAUGUCCUCAGUCCCAAAGGCGCUGCUCCUUACACCAGCUGCUAAUUGCGCCUGCCUUCUUUCAAUAAGAGCAGGGAACUCCCAGGGCGCAACCUGCCCAUAACUGGCAGUGCGAUCCUAAACAUACUCAGCGGUAAAUCCCGAAGAGCUAUCUUUUCAGGAAGCGCGCCCGGGGUGGCAGAGCCUUGGUGCCUUUGGGAAGAAGGAAGGGGUGAAGAAAGGCAAGAACUGGGGUUACGCCCUGCCUUGGGAAGUGUUGCCGUUGGCUAUAGAAGCUGAGACCCCUAAAAGUGUAGAAGUAGUAGUAGUAAUAAUAAUAAUAAUAAUAAAUUUAUGUAUAUGCCACCCAUCUGACUGUGUUGCUCCAGCCACUCUGGGCAGCUCCUAACAAAAAUUAGUAAACACACAAUGCAACAUCAAACACCAAAAACUUCCCUAGGUAGGUUGUGGUGGGUGCUCUGGAUAUGCCCAGAGGCACUCUCUUCUUCAGGGGUCACAACCUUUUUCAGCCGUGGGCUGGUCCACCGUCCCUCAGACCAUGUGGUGGGCCGGAGUAUACAGUGGUACCUCGGGUUACAGACGCUUCAGGUUACAGACUCCGCUAACCCAGAAAUAGUGCCUCCGGUUAAGAACUUUGCUUCAGGAUGAGAACAGAAAUCGUGCUCCAGCGGCGUGGCAGCAGCAGGAGACCCCAUUAGCUAAAGUGGUGCGUCAGGUUAAGAACAGUUUCAGGUUAAGAACGGACCUCAGGAAUGAGUUAAGUACUUAACCUGAAGUACCACUGUAUUUUGAAAAAAAAUAUGAACAAAUUCCUAUGCCCCACAUAUAACCCAGAGAUGCAUUUUAAAUAAAAGCACACAUUCUACUCAUGUAAAAACACCAGGCAGGCCCCACAAAUAACCCAGAUACGCAUUUUAAAUAAAAGCACACAAUCUACUCAUGUAAAAACACGCUGAUUCCCGGACCAUCUGCAGGCCGGAUUGAGAAGGCGAUUGGGCCGCAUCCGGCCCCUGGGCCUUAGGUUCCCUACCCCUGCUCUUCAUUGUUACUUUGUACAUUCCAAGCCCUACUUCAGGUCAUGCCCUGUUCAGCCCUCAUCCUGCCCCAGACAUCACCUGCAGCACUCACUUUAAUGGAACAGAGCCAGACUGUCUUAUGGCAACCCUGUUAUUUCAGACAAUCUACCGGUACUUCCUAGUGGAUCAGGCUUCAAACUGCUUGCUCAGUCUUUGACUGAGCAGGGGAUCCAGACCUAGUAUGGCAGCUUUCCCCAACCUCGUGCCCUUUUGUUGCUUUGGGCAUCCCUAACUCACCGGCUUAGGGAAGGCUGGGAUAGAUUCCUGUCUCAGUUUUCUAAUAUUUUGCCUAUGUGCCUUUUGCAAAAUGAAAUCGGAUGCAUAAGGUGGUAUCCAACAAAGUAAUACUGUCAGUGCGAGGACUUUCGGCUGUGGAGCAGAGCUUUCCGUCCUUUCUCUGUGCACCCCUUAAAUUUGUUUUGGGGGUUCCCCUGAAAACCUCUGGAGCAGGCUUUGGAGAGGAUGCAAGGGAACAGUUCUGUGGUGCAAUUAGAAAUCUUGCACUAACAGGACUGCUUCACUGGAUGCCGCCCAUAGAGUUGUAGUCUUGUAAACAGACAGUCGUUGCCCCAAAUCCUCCUGGUUUGACUCUGAUCUACUGUCCAGCUUUUCUUGAAUUAACAAUGCUUGCCAUUUUAGCCGUAACAGUAAUUUCUCCGUAUUUUCUCCAUGGCCUUCUCCUCCAUCUGUUUGCUGAGUUCUUUUUAUAGGGGGUGACUAAGACUAAUAAGUUAUUCCUCUGUCACUUGCAAUGCUUUUUCUGUGUGUGUGUGUGUGUGUGUGUGUGUGUGGAUGCCUGGAGUUCGUUAAUAUGUUCUUUUGAACUCUCUUAAUGUGCAAAUGACAGAGUGGUGGAGAAGGAAAUGCGGAAGGUGUAAACAGAGGUGGCGUAGUGUGUGAGCAAUUACGCCAGCCGUUCUGAAAUGUGUCCUUUCCUGGGUGGUAGACAAUACUAGACUGCGCUGCCUGGUGGAAAACCCCUCCCUGUGGGCUGUAUUUACCCAGGAGAAAUCUCCCUCGUAAAUGUAUUUACUCUUGAGAAGUUGCCCCUAAGUUGCCAUUGAGCUGGUGGAUUUAUUUACCCUUUACCCAAAAGAUCCCACCCAGGCUGGGUUGCAUAGAUCAUAAAAUCACAUUGAUCAUAAAAAAAACACCUGCAAGAACAUUCUGCAUGUGAUUGCCAUGAAACGAGAGCAAAAAUAAUGGAGUGGCCAAACAGAGACAGCAACAAGUCUGGAAGUCAGUUGCUGGUAGCCACGGGAAGGGAGAGGGGUCUUGUGUUCGAAUCCUGAUUGCAGGUUUCCCAGAAGUGGCAUCUGGUUGGCCAGUGUGAGAAAAGGUUGCGAAAAAGUGUGCAUCCUCAUCAACUGCUAGAAAGAGAUUGACACGGGUUCAAGACAGGGCAGGUCUUUCCAAAGCUAGGGUCCUGCUGUUGCACUUGGCCAUUGGGGGUUGCCCUCAGCUGCGGGUUGGAAAGUAAAGGUAAAGGGACCCCUGACCAUUAGGUCCAGUCGUGGCCGACUCUGGAGUUGCGGCGCUCAUCUCACUUUACUGGCCGAGGGAGCCGGCGUACAGCUUCCAGGUCAUGUGGCCAGCAUGACUUAGCCGCUUCUGGCGAACCAGAGCAGCGCACGGAAACGCCGUUUACCUUCCCGCCGGAGUGGUACCUAUUUAUCUACUUGCACUCUGACGUGCUUUUGAACUGCUAGGUCGCCAGGAGCAGGGACCGAGCGAUGGGAGCUCACCCUGUCGCGGGGAUUCGAACCGCCAACCUUCUGGGUGGGAACGCCCCCCCUAAAGAUCCCGAGGCAAAGGCAAAACCGACAUGGGAGAAACACCUGCCAAAUAUUUGGGUCCUUGGUUGUUAUAGAGCAGAGCUUUCCAGACGUUUCACGUUUUUAGACCCACGUCAUUUCGCGACACAGUAAUUCAGUUUUACUAGCUAACUGGAGAUUAAACUAACCUCUAUCCAGCCCCAGGAGGAGUGCAGGGAGCAUUCAUUCGACACACCUACACACUCCAGCUGACACACAAAUGUGUCGCUUUCCACCAUUUGGAACGCUCUGCUUUAGGGCAUCUUGAACGGGGCCGGAUUUAGGUUUGAUGAGGUCCUAAGCCAACCACGGCCCUCCAGAUGUUUUGAGACCAAUUCCCAUCAUCCCUGACAACUGGUCCUGCUAGCUAGGGAUCAUGGGAGUCGUAGGCCAAAAAUCUGGAGGGCCAAGGUUGCCUAUGCCUGCCCUAAGCAACUGAAGGUAAUGGGGUCCUUUAUAUGUCCAGCUGUCCUUUGUCAACAAGAAAUUGUCGCUGUUUUUUGUGUUGAAUAUAUGCUGUAAGUAAUUUAUGGACCUAAUAGGUAUCUGUAGCCAUUUGCACAUAACAAAAUGUGUGAUAUUUGAGGGAGCAGGCUAGCAGGUGUGGCCCAUGACACAUCAUAGGAGCCUACACAACACAAACACUGUUGCUGUAUGUAGGUUUUAUUUUAUUUUUAUCCUAUAUUUUGGAAAUGUACAGUGGUACCUCUGGAUACCAAACUGCGGGAGGCAGUGGAAGACAGGAGUGCCUGGCGUGCUCUGGGGUCACGAAGAGUUGGACACGACUAACGACUAAACAACAACAACAACCUCUGGAUACAAACGGGAUCCAUUCCGGAGCCCUGUUCGCAUCCUGAAGUAAACAUAACAUGCGCCUGCGCAUGCGCAGGUUGCGUUUCACAGAUUUCGCACAUGCACGUGAUGUCAUUUUGAGGGUCAGUGCAUGCGUGAGCGGCGGAACCCGAAAGUAACGUGCUCCGUUACUUCCAGGUCGCCACGGAGCACAACCCGAAAAUACUUAACUUGAAUCUACUUCAACCCGAGGUAUGACUGUACAUCCAGGUUUUUCCCCCCUUUAAAUUUGUUUUGGGGGCCCCCUAAGCUAUAGCUUUAAAGGGACGUGGGUGGCGCUGUGGGUUAAACCACAGAGCCUAGGAUUUGCUGAUCAGAAGGUCGGCAGUUCAAAUCCCCGCGACUGGGUGAGCUCCUGUUUCUCUGUCCCUGCUCCUGCCCACCUAGCAGUUCGAAAGCACGUCAAAGUGCACGUAGAUCAAUAGGUAUCACUCCGGCGGGAAGGUAAAUGCCGUUUCCUUGCGCUGCUCUGGUUCGCCAGAAGCGGCUUGGUCAUUCUGGCCACAUGACCCGGAAGCUGUACGCCGGCUCCCUUGGCCAAUAAAGCGAGAUGAGUGCUGCAACCCCAGAGUCGGUCACGACUGGUCUCAAUGAUCAGGGGUCCCUUUACCCUUAAGCUAUAGCUUGUUUAGCUUAUACGCAAAUCCAUAGCUGUCAACUUUCAGAUUUGAAAGUAAGGGAUCAGCAGCCUCACCUGUCCCGGGGACAGUCUACAGGAUAUCUAACAAUCCGGGAUAGCAGCGGGAAAUGGCACUGGAAUAAGGGAAUUUCCCGCAAAAAAAAGGGAAGGUUGACAGCUAUGCACAAAUCCGGCACUGAUCUUGAACAGGAAGCAUGUCAGGUUUUGCAUCUCUCUGGCGUUUGGAAACUUCCUCUUUGACCUGUGUGCUGCAAAGCCGCUUCCGAGAUUUCCUGGGCUGGAUGCAAGUGAUCUCCCAAGGUGUGAUUCUUGCAUUUCAUGGGGUUGUGCUAGCUGAUCCUCUGUGAUUCCAUGAAUGUGGGCAACUGGGAGGCCCACAGGUGGGAUAUAUACCCUGACCCCCCACCCCCCAGUAGGGCCCAAUGAAAAGUCCUGAAAUGGGGCGUUCCAAGGGCAGGGGUGGGACUGAGCUAGCCUGGGAUCUGGUGGAUCCCAAACCGGUCUCGCAGUCAUCCUGAGAGCAGGACCUCCACCUUCUGUUGCAGCUGCCAUGCUCCAUAAAGCCGCUCCAACACGAUGGGGAGUUAGGAUUGUGCCAAAGCUUCUGUUAUUUCACCGCUGGGAGCAACUUGCAAUUGUAGAAGCUGAUAGAGGAGGACGGGAUUCCAUUUCCUUAAAUUGCAACUUGACUUCCUUUCAUAUUUCAGAAAGAAUUCUAUAUUGAGGUUUUAGGCAGGCCUGGUUUUCAGUCGCUGCUUGUCUGAGUGACAAACCUUGCAAGGUUGUUGUGAGAAUAUAGUGUACGCCUUGGGAGAGGGAGAAGUAAAAACACACCGGCGUUAAAAACUCCUUCGGGAGGAAGGGCAGGAUAUAAAUUCAAUAAAUGAAUAAUAAUAAAAUAAUACAAAAUAGACGCCAAAAACAUUUAAAAAAUAAAAACACACGCAUAUUUCGUUGGUGGCGAGUGAUUAAAAAUAAUAAAUUCUUUAUUUAGUUGAUCGGUCUGGUGAAUUAGAAUCUAAAGAUCGCUUUGCUUGGUCAGAGCUAGGUAUGCCCAGUGUCCUUUUUCUGUCAGGUGACAGCUAAAUUUCUCCAGUUGGCCAUGAUGAAAAUGCGUCCUGUGUUUUCUGCUCAGCAUCUGACUCCAACAUCUGUAGGUACACUGGCACUGACCAUGGAGGCUCAAUUUAGUUGGGGGUGGGGGCCUAACAGACCUUGCUUUUUGACUCAUCCUUUCAUUUGAACAUCACACCCAAGCUAUUGUGCUGUUGCCACAUCUCCAGGGAGUGCAUUCUGCAAGUUAAUUAUGUGUUGUGUGUCUGUGCAAAAGUGCCUUGCUGCCAGCCGGUGUGUCUGCUGGGUGACUCAUUUGCAAGGCUGGGAGGGGAGGAGAGCAGAUUCCUUCUCUCCUGGAGAGAAAGAGAAUGUGUGUAUGUAUCUUAGAGGUAUAGAGGGGAUACACCAGGGGUCAGCAAACUUUUUCAUCAGGGGGCCUGUCCACUGUUCCUCAGACCUUGUGAGGAGCCGGACUAUAUUUUGGAAAAAAAUAAAUGAACAAAUUCCCAUGCCCCACAAAUAACCCAGAGAUGUAUUUUAAAUAAAAGCACACAAUCUUUUACAGUCAUACCUCGGGUUACAGCCGCUUCAGGUUGUGUUUUUUCGGGUUGCAGACUGCCGAAACCCGGAAGCACCGGAAUGGGUUACUUCCGGGUUUCGGCGGUCACGCAUGCGCAGAAGCACCGAAUCGCAACCCGUGCCUGCGCAGACACGGGUUGCGAACGCUGUGGGUUGCGAACGUGCAUCCCGCACUGAUUACGUUCGCAACCUGAGCAUCCACUGUAUUUAAAAUAAAAUGUUAAAACACCAGGCAGGCCCAACAAACGACCCAGAGAUGCAUUUUAAAUAAAAGGGCAUAUUCUACUCAUGUGAAAACACACUAAUUCCCGGACCAUCCGCGGAUGGAUCCGGCCCCCGGGCCUUAAGUUUGCCUACCCAUGGAAUACACACCUUCUCUGUCUUCAAUGAGAUUGGAAAAGCCAUGCAUUUGAAAAACCCAGCCAGCUAAACCGGCCACCUGGAACACAACAGGUGAACAGGUGCCGGAUUGCAGGCUGUGUCAACAACAGUCCUGGCCUAAAGUUGCCCAGUUGGCAACGCUUUGCAUUUGACUAGGAAGUACAAGGAGAGGUUGAAUAAGAAGCAGGCUGGGAUUUGCAUCUCUCUGGUGUUUGGCAACUUCCUUCCUGCCUACGUGCUGCCAGGCCACCUCUGAAGUUUCCUUUGCUGGAAGCAACUGCGCUCAUAAAAGCUUCUCGAAUUCAGUUUCUCCAGGGGGUGUUGCAUCACGUUUGGGAUCUCAUGCCAACAAUGGCAGGGCAGAAAAAGUGACCUGAAAGCUUUUUCUUUGAAUGGCAAGGCUCCAGAGAGGGACAAUUUCCUGCAUGCAUUGAAGCCUUUAUUAUUAUUAUUAUUAUUAUUAUUAUUAUUAUUAUUAUUAUUAUUGCUGCUGCUGCAAUUUCAGGCUGAGCUGAAUCAUAAAUAUAGUCUGCAUUUGAGGGUUUGGUGUACUCCUGUAACCUGUACAGUGGUACCUCAGGUUAAGUACUUAAUUCGUUCCGGAGGUCUGUUCUUAACCUGAAACUGUUCUUAACCUGAAGCACCACUUUAGCUAAUGGGGCCUCCCGCUGCUGUCACGCCACCAGAGCCCGAUUUCUGUUCUUAUCCUGAAGCAAAGUUCUUAACCUGAAGCACUAUUUCUGGGUUAGCGGAGUGUGUAACCUGAAGCGCAUGUAACCUGAAGUGUAUGUAAUCCGAGGUACCACUGUAGUAGUACCAAUGUUAUAUUAAAAAAUAAUUAUCUAAAGACUUUGCAGGAUAGAUAGGACACUUCCAUCACAUAUGAUAUGAUACGAUAAUCUUUAUUGUCAUUGUCCCAUACAGAACAACGAAGUUGAAAAAAAUCUACAUCAGACAUUCAAAAACCAACAAGCCUGCUAUCCCAGCCUGGUUAGCCCCCUAAAAACUCUGAUACCCCAUAAAUAAAUACAAUAUACUCCCAUAGAGACUACCUCACACUGCAUUUAAAACCAAAAUUGCAUUGGAUAGAAACUGUUUCUCAGGCGGCUAGUCCUAGUCUUUAUAACCCUGUAGGUCCUUGUACUGCCACAUAAGGUACUUUCUAAAAUUAUGUCGUAGUGAAGCUAAAUAUAAAGCUUAAAGUGUGGGGGAAUCAGGUGAGGCAGGGUGAUAUUUUUUUUGGGGGGGCAGGGGGAAGUAGCCAGAGUUGAGCCCCUCUGCCACUCAAAAUCGCAGCCUCUUGAUGAUGCUUUUAAAAGGUAAAGGGACCCCUGACCAUUAGGUCCAGUCGUGACCGACUCUGGGGUUGCGGCGCUCAUCUCGCUUUAUUGGCCGAGGGAGCCGGCAUACAGCUUCCGGGUCAUGUGGCCAGCAGAACUAAGCCGCUUCUGGCGAACCAGAGCAGCGCACGGAAAUGCCGUUUACCUUCCCGCCAGAGCGGUACCUAUUUAUCUACUUGCACUUUGACGUGCUUUCGAACUGCUAGGUUGGCAGGAGCAGGGACCGAGCAAUGGGAGUCACCCCGUCGCAGGGAUUCGAACCGCCCACCUUCUGAUCGGCAAGUCCUACGCUCUAUGGUUUAACCCACAGCGCCACCCACGUCCCGAUGAUGCUUUUACUUACUUUUUUUUAAAGUUGGGGUUUCAUUACACACACCUCUGUGUAACAUUUAAUUUACCCCGGUAGGUUUGUUUGAAAGGUGACCUGGAUCGAGUAUGUAAAGUACUUUCAUCAUUCCAGUACACAUAUAAAUGUUAAUUAUGUUGUUGUUUUUGUUAGACGUCCCCUAAUUAUUUCGCUGCUUUCCAGUCCUCAUUGCUUCUUAAUUUCUCCUCAGGUGACUGGCCAUUUGGACGACUGUACUUGCGACGUUGAGACUAUUGACAGCUACAACAACCGCAAGAUUUUCCCUAGCCUGCAGAAACUUUUGGAAAGCGAUUAUUUCAGAUAUUACGAGGUAAUGCUUAUACUUUUCUUUUUUUUAAUACCCCCCCCCCCCGCCCCAAUGCCUUGGCAAACCAUUUCUCAAAAGAAAAAACUGCGCUUGCCUCAUCGGAAUGCAUAUCGUAAAUCUAAAAGUUUUUUCAUCUUUUCCUGACAAGUUAAAAUCUCUUGCCUGGAACUAAAAAUCCCCUAGACCAACCGAAGCAUUUUCUGCCUUGAUCUCUGCAGGUUAACCUAAAGAAGCCUUGUCCUUUUUGGAGCGACGACAGUCACUGUGGAAUUAGAGACUGUGCUGUAAAGCCAUGCCCAUCGGUAAGUGCGAAACAUCGCAGAAUCACAGAAGGGACCACGAGGGGCAUCUAGUCCAACCCCCUGGCAUGCAGGAAUCUUUUGGCCUAAUGUGGGGCUCAAACUCAUGAAACCCUGAGAUUAAGAGUCUCAUGUUCUGCGCAGCUUGCAGACUUAUCUUUUUUUUUUUAAAAAAAAUGAUAUUUAUUAAAGUUUCAAAGAAUACAAAAACAUAAAAUAAAAAUACAAGAAAAUACAAAAUACAGAAAAAAAAAAUAAAGUUUUUAAGAUAUAACAAAAGAAAUAAAAAUAAAAGGAAACAUACAAAAUAGAAACAAUUAAAAACACAUCGUUAGUUUUCCAUAACAUAUCUUCCUUUCACUUAUUUCCCCGGACCUCCUCGUACCUCCCUUUUUUGUAUUCCAGUUCAGUUUGUUAGUUCAGCAAAUCCUUACCAUUAAGCUUUUACCCAUUUAUAAAACCUUUUUUCGUAUCUCUUAAAGCAUUGCAGCUGGAAACCACUUAGUUUCUAUCCAACAUCCUUCUAAAAUUCCUUAAUUUUACAAUAUUUAUGUAAAUAGUCUUUAAAUUUCUUCCAGUCUUCUUUCACCGUCUCUUCUCCCUGGUCUCGGAUUCUGCCAGUCAUUUCCGCCAAUUCCAUGUAGUCAAUCACCUUCAUCUGCCAUUCUUCCAGAGUGGGUAGAUCUUGUGUCUUCCAAUACUUUGCAAUGAGUAUUCUUGCUGCUGUUGUGGCAUACAUAAAAAAAUUUCUGUCCUUCUUUGGCACCAAUUGGCCGAUGAUGCCCAGGAGAAAGGCCUCUGGUUUCUUCAAGAAGGUAUAUUUAAAUACCUUUUUCAAUUCAUUUAUAUCAUCUCCCAGAAAGCCUUAACCUGUGCUCGCUUCGGCAGCACAUAUACUAAAAUUGGAACGAUACAGAGAAGAUUAGCAUGGCCCCUGCGCAGACUUAUCAUAUACAAUAAGAGAACAAGAAGAGCAUACGUUUAGAGAAGAUUGGAAAACGUUUAUUGACUACAUUGGGGGAAGGAAAUUGUGUACAGUGGUACCUCGGGUUACAUACGCUUCAGGUUACAGACUUCGCUAACCCAGAAAUAAUACCUUGGGUUAAGAACUUUGCUUCAGAAUGAGAACAGAAAUUGUACUUUGUCAGCGCGGUGGCAGCAGGAGGCCCCAUUAGCUAAAGUGGUGCUUCAGGUUAAGAAUAGCUUCGGGUUAAGAACGGACCUCCGGAACUAAUUAAGUACUUAACCUGAGGUACCACUGUACACUGGAAAACGUUGGCAGCAUUAAGAUAAAUUCAACAGUGCAAAUAAGUUUUGAUGGAUGUCAUAAUGGAAAAAAGAUUGGUAUAGCUUAUGUAAAAUAUGCAGGGAUUUGUUGUUGUUUAAUCAUUUAGUUGUGUCCGACUCUCCGUGACCCCAUGGACCAGAGCACGCCAGGCACUCCUGUCUUCCGCUGCCUCCCGCAGUUUGGUCAAACUCAUGCUGGUAGCCUUGAGAACACUGUCCCACCAUCUCGUCCUCUGGUGUCCCCUUCUCCUUGUGCCCUCCAUCUUUCCCAACAUCAGGGUCUUUUCCAGGGAGUCUUCUCUUCUCAUGAGGUGGCCAAAGUCUUGGAGCCUCAGCUUCAGGAUCUGUCCUUCCAGUGAGCACUCAGGGCUGAUUUCCUUCAGAAUGGAGAGGUUGGAUCUUCUUGCAGUCCAUGGGACUCUCAAGAGUCUCCUCCAGCACCAGAAUUCAAAAGCAUCCAUUCUUCGGCGACCAGCCUUCUUUAUGGUCCAGCUCUCACUUCCAUACAUCACUACUGGGAAAACCAUAGCUUUUACUAUAUGGACCUUUGUUGGCAAGGUGAUGUCUCUGCUUUUUAAGAUGCUGUCUAGGUUUGUCAUUGCUUUUCUCCCAAGAAGCAGGCGUCUUUUAAUUCCGUGGCUCCUGUCACCAUCUGCAAUGAUCAUGGAGCCCAAGAAAGUAAAAUCUCUCACUGCCUCCAUUUCUUCCCCUUCUAUUUGCCAGGAGGUGAUGGGCCCAGUGGCCAGGAUCUUCAUUUUUUUGAUGUUGAGCUUCAGACCAUAUUUUGUGCUCUCCUCUUUCACCCUCAUUAAAAGGUUCUUUAAUUCCUCCUCACUUUCUGCCAUCAAGGUUGUGUCAUCUGCAUAUCUGAGGCUGUUGAUAUUUCUUCCGGCAAUCUUAAUUCCGGCUUGGGAUUCAUCCAGCCCAGCCUUUUGCAUGCAGGGAUUUACAAUUUUCAAAAUGAAGAAGGGAAGUCACUGAUUUUUAAAGGAUGUUAAAAGGAGUAUUUUAAAUUGCUAAGCAGAAAAAUUAAUAAAAGACUUGAGGCAAGUGCCAAGCCCUAACACAGAACUGGCAUCUCUUCUUACAUUGUAUGACAUUCAUUUGGGCAGAUUCCUGUCUUGCGUUCGGAUUAGGGACUCCUUGCACUGCAAGCAGAUGCAAUCAGGUUUGUGAUUAGGGUUUCCUGCCAGGUUCUUGUCCCCAAACACAAGGUCUCGCUUGAGAGGAAGGAAGAGAUAUGUAUUUAAAGGCUGCUGAUGCCACAGGCUCAGUAGCAAGCAGAAGGCCUAGAAGUUGAGAUCUGCGAGGAGAGGAGCACGGCCAGAGAUUUGCAGCCGCCUUGAAUCUCCGGUAUCCAAGGACGCUGAAUGUUAGAAGAAUUGGGACAGAUAAGAGAAAGGACUUAUUCACCGCAGAGUUGAUCUGUGGAACUCCCUGCCACAAGAGGCAGCGAUACCCACCAGCUGAGAUGGUUUUAAAAGACUGGAUAAAUUCAUGGAGGAGAGGGCUGCUGAUGGCUGUUAGCGCCUUCUCUUUCCUCCUCCUCCUCCUCCUGCUCUUCAUCCAUCUGGGGCUGCCAAACCGUGCCAAAUCCUGGCAAGAGGGGACCGUGAUAGCAAACCGCAAGUGGCGAGGGCAGGUGGAAACAGAGCCAAGCAAGGCCAGGGAGAAACAAGGGAGAAGGAGCUGAAGGACAGGGGUGCAGUUGAAAUCCGUGCAUCGCACGGGGUUUGACUCUGGGGGUCCCUUCUAAUUCUACUAUUCUUUGAUUCUACGAAAUUUACAGAAUACCAAACAGGGAAAACCUGCACCAAAGCAGCCUAAUAAUAAUAAUAAUAAUAAUAAUAAUAAUAUAUUAUUUGUACCCCGCCCAUCUGGCUGGGCUUCUCCAGCCACUCUGGGCACCUUCCAACAAAGAUUAAAAAUACAUUAAAAUGUCACACAUUAAAAACUUCCGUAAACAGGGCUGCCUUCAGAUGUCUUCUAAAUGUCAGGUAGUUGUUUAUCUCUUUGACAUCUGAUGGGAGGGCGUUCCACAGAGCGGGCGCCACCACCGAGAAGGCCCUCUGCCUGGUUCCCUGUAGCUUUUCCUCUCGCAAUGAGGAAACCGCCAGAAGGCCCUCAGAGCUGGACCUCAGUGUCCGGGCAGAACGAUGGGGGUGGAGACGCUCCUUCAGGUAAACUGAGCCGAGGCCGUUUCUAAUGAUUGGAUCCAUUUAUAAUUAUUGGCUCCUUCUCCCUAGCAGUGCUGUGGUUCUGCGCCCUGGCUCUGGUACCCUGAACCUUUUACCCCGGGCAAAGGGCUCUUUAAUCCCUCCCUCCAUCCCUUGAGAGCUGGAACUGAGGCCCUGGCAGACCCCCUCCCUCCUGAGGAAUUUGGAGGCUUUCAGUUGGAGGCCUUUGCCAAAUUGCUCUUGGGGACAGGAGUAUCGCUAUGGCUAAUGAAUGCUGGUUCAGGGAUCUAUAUGAAUGCCUUGGCCCAGUAUACCUGAAGGAGUGUCUCCACCCUCAUUGUCCAGCCCAGACACUGAGGUCCAGCACCGAGCGCCUUCUGGCGGUUCCCUCACUGCGAGAAGUAAGGUUACAGGGAACCAGGCAGAGGGCCUUCUCGGUGGUGGCACCCGCCCUGUGGAACGCCCUCCCACUAGAUGUCAAAGAGAACAACAACUAUUUGACUUUUAGAAGACACCUGAAGGCAGCCCUGUUUAGGGAAGCUUUUAGUGUUUGAUAUUUUAUUCUGUUUUUCGUGUUCUGUUGGGAGCUGCCCAGAGUGGUUGGGGAAACCCAGCCAGAUUGGCGGGGUAUAAAUAAUAAUAAUAAUAAUAAUAAUAAUAAUAAUAAUAAUACAGUGGUACCUCGGGCUAAGAACUUAAUUUGUUCUGGAGAUCCUUUCUUAACCUGAAACUGUUCUUAACUUGAAGCACCACUUUAGCUAAUGGGGCCUCCCGCUGCCGCUGUGCCACUGGAGCACGAUUUCUGUUCUCAUCCUGAAGCAAAGUUCUUAACCUGAAGCACUAUUUCUGGGUUAGCAGUGUCUGUAACUUGAAGCGUCUGUAACGUGAUGUGUCUGUAACCCGAGGUACCACUGUAAUAAUAGGGGAAAUGGCUUGCAGUGAAAUGGGAUUUUAUUUUGCAACUUCUGUUUUCAGGAUGAAGUCCCUGGCAGAAUCAGGUCAGAGAGUCACAACAAGGUAAGUCCUGGGAGGGUCCCGGCCCAACGGAGCUACUGGACUGUGACCUAGUUCUGCCCUAUCCUGGGGGAAGAAUAAUAGAAUUGUAGAGUUGGAAGGGUCAUCUAGUGCAGUGCAGGAAUAGGCAGCUAUCCCUUACGGGGAUCGAACCUGCAACCUUGGCGUUAUCAGCACCACGCUCUAACCAAAUGAGCUACAAGCAGUUCAUAGCUCUGUUGGUAGAGCACCUGCUUUGCAUGUAGAAGGAUCUCAGUGCAGUCCCCAGCAUCUCCAGUUAGGGCCGGGACUGCCUGAAGCCCUGGAGAGCUGCUGCCAGCCAGUGUAGACAAUAUUGAGCUGGAAGGACCAAAGGCCUUGUCUCCGUAUAAGGCAGCUUCCUUUGUUCCUGGCUAUGGCAUUUCUUUUUGGAAAAGAAAUGAGGUGAGGUUUUUUGAGUCAUCAUGGCUGCCUAGCAAGCAUCAGUUGAAGGUUUGGCCGGAAGUAGUAAGCACACACAUACCUAUUUAUUUAAUGCCGAGAAUUUAUAUAUACCGUUCGGGAUGUGAGGUGAGAAUAAUCUCCGGAGAAUAUUCUCGAGAAUGAGAAUAUUCUCUGCUAGGAAAUUCUCCGGGGAAUAUUCUCCCCAAACUGUAAAUUCUAAUGUAAGAACCAGUUUUACAACCCACAUUUUAAAAACCUAGUAAUAAAUCAAGCUGUGAUAUUGCUAGUGUAAGUAAUGAAUAAUGAUUUUUUUUUAAUCCAGUUACAUUACUGGGCAUUGUGUCAUUCACCAUUGGCAGUUCUGAAAUGUGAGCUACAGAAAACAUUCUUUAUUUUAGUUUUAAAAAUGCUAUUCAUUUAAUUUGAUGAACAUUUGAAUGCGUAUAUAUUUCAACUAUAUGUAAAGUUGAUAGUAAAUAUACAGUUAGUGGCAGGCUUAGUGAUUAACGUGAGUCAUUCACAUUGAAUUUUCAAUUUCAAGUUUGGUGCCAAAAAACCCAAAGAAUGUGAAUUCACUUCAUUGCCCCAUUGAAUAAAAGUAUCUGUUCAGUUUUUGGUUGCCAUCGGAACAAGUUUACCCACGAAUAAACAUGUAUACCUGAAGGAGCGUCUCCACCCCCAUCGUUCUGCCCGGACGCUGAGGUCCAGCGCCGAGGGCCUUCUGGCGGUUCCCUCAUUGCGAGAAGCAAAGCUACAGGGAACCAGGCAGAGGGCCUUCUUGGUAGUGGCGCCCGCCCUGUGGAACGCCCUCCCAUCAGAUGUCAAAGCAAUAAAUAACUACCUGACAUUUAGAGGGCAUCUUAAGGCAGCCCUGUUCAGGGAAGCUUUUAAUCUGUGAUAUUUUACUGUAUUUUUGUUUCUAUGGAAGCCGCCCAGAGUGGCUGGGGAAACCCAGCCAGAUGGGCGGGGUACAAAUAAUAAAUUAUUAUUAUUAUUAUUAUUAUUAUUAUUAUUAUUAUUAUAGUAUAUGAACUAAUUAUAUCAUUUUCAAUGCAUUAAAAUUAUAUCAUUUUCAAUGCAUUAAAAUGAAUAUUCUCCUAUUUUAAAUGAAAAUUUUCUAAUAUUCUCAUUAAUUUAACAUUGCUAUAUACCAUCAGUGGUGUAGCGUGGGGUGCAGAAUGGUUAGGGGUGCAAAAGUUCAACAUCCAGUUGUGUCGCUGGGCUCUGUUCAAAACGGCUUCCCCGUGCGAACCAGUGACAUAACCAGACAAUUCAACAACUCUUCUUAUUUCUACAACUCCGAUCUCCUGGGUAACACGGAUGCCAUUAGGCAGUUGAAUGCGCAUGCGUACGCCGUCCAUUUCCCUCCCUCCAAACCCCAUUCCUCCGCGUGGCCCCGAACGCUGGCAACCCACGUUAUGCCACUGCCCACCAUUCUUGGAUUAGCUAUUUCCGGGGCGUUCACGCCCAUGAGAUUUCACCAAACGCACCCUCUCUUUCCCCCACAAAAGUUGCUGCACCAAAACAAUGGGAGAAUGACCUAGGCUAUGAGAUGAACCCCACUCAAUGGACAAGAAUGUGGUCUAAACCCCCCCUUUAAAUCCAUAUCAACGAUAAGAAAAGAACUCACUCUAAAACUCACCUACAGGUGGUACCUAACACCAAGAAAACUAGCGCUAAUAUGCCCAGGAACCUCACCAAAAUGCUGGAGAGGGUGCACCUCCACAGGCACAUACCUCCACAUGUGGUGGGAGUGUCCCAAAACCCAACUAUUCUGGACAACAACCAUACGAGAAAUAUGUAAAAUAACUAAGCAAGUAUUAGAAAUCACCCCAGAAUUGGCCUUGCCAAACAUCUUCAAAGAUAACAAUGCCCAUUUACACCACAAAGAACUCAUAACCCACCUACUUUCAGCAGCCAGAAACACCAUAACCAAACACUGGAGAGACCUGUCAGGAGUAAGCAUGGACCACUGGUACCAAAUAGUAUGGGAAACAGCCCUACUAGAAAAAUUAACCAAUAAACUGAAACUGACACGGGAACAAUAGAAGAAGACGCCUUCACCCCGGUAUGGCUCCCCUUUAUCACAUACACAGCCCAACAAGACAAUGACAAAAAUCCACCGACAGCAUACAAAUCAAUAUGGCUAACCUGAUCCAAACCCCCACCCCACCCCACUCACACACAAAAACAAAGAUCACCACAGCCAACCACAAAUGAACAACCACACCAUAGGGCAGCCCCAACCUCUCUCACCACCAAAGGAACACAAGUGAACAGCAGAGAACCUGCACAAGCAACACAGACACCAAACCCCACAUAUAUUAAGUAAAAUAGAAACAUCACCACCCGAUCCCACCUCCACCCAUCUUCGACCCCUCUCCCCCUUUUCUUCCUAACAUCUCAACAAAUGAAACUGAUUUGUAAAAACGUUACAUGGAAAAAAUACAAGAGAGAGACAUUACGCAUACUUUUGUAAAUCAAAAAAUCUUUAAUAAAAAUACAAAAAAAAAAAGAGAGAAGUCACCGCACCAGUUUGGCUAGCUCAUAUAGCUGCGACGUGGGUGGUCUGGAUAGGUGCAGAUGUGACUUCCUGGGUGGUCCGUGGGCUGGCUGGUAGCUUUCUUCUGCCUUGGUUGGGUUUGGUGACUCCUGGUGGCCUUCUCCACGGCAGUGGACUCUAAUCAGCUUGAAAGCAAACCUGUUGUUUUGCUUUGCAGUAUUCUGAAACCGCUGCCCACCUCGCUGAGGACUGCGAAGAAGCUGAGAGACUUGGAGCCGUUGAUGGAUCCCUGAGGUGCGAUGUCUUCAUCUCGAUAAACUGGGGCGGCCUGUGAGGCAGGGUAGCUGCUGGUGUUUAUUAAUCCCGAAAGCUGCAGAGACUUUCCUGCAAGCUCCCUUCUCACUGUUUUGAAUCCCACGGGCGCCUGAAUAAUAAUAAUAAUUAUAAUAAUAAUUUAUUAUUUAUACCCCGCCAUCUGGCUGGGCUUCCCCGGCCACUCUGGGCGGCUUCCAAAAGAAUAUUAAAAUACUAUAAUACAUGAAACAUUAAAAGCUUCCCGAAACAGGGCUGCCUUCAGAUGUCUUCUAAAAGCCUGGUAGUUGUUGUUGUCUUUGACAUCUGGUGGGAGGGUGUUCCACAGGGAAGGCGCCACUACCGAGAAGGCCCUCUGCCUGGUUCCCUGUAACCUCACUUCUUGCAGUGAGGGAACCGCCAGAAGGCCCUCAGUGCUGGACCUGAGUGUCCGGGUAGAACGAUGGGGGUGGAGACGCUCCUUCAGAUAUACUGGACCGAGGUCACUUAGGGCUUUAAAGGUCAGCACCAACACUUUGAAUUGUGCUCGGAAACGUACUCGGAAACGAAGAUCACAAAGGCGACAGGAAGCGUCCAAAUCACACCUGCAAGGCCACAUCUGCACCGCACACCUAAAUCACUGCGAUACCACUUUAUAAACAGUCAUGGCUCCCCCCAGAGAAUCCUGGGAGUUUGUGCUGGGAGUUGUUCGGAGACCCCCUUUAUUCCCCUCCCAGAGUGGUUUAAACCACCACCACCACCAUUUUUUAUUUGUAUGCCGCCUUUCCACAGUUAAAAAAAACAAUGCUCAAGGCGGCUUACAGCAUAACAAGAUUUACAUAAUUACAAUAAAUAAACCACAUCAGAAAAAUACACAACCAAAUGGGAAACAAUUUCCACAUAAAUCAAAAUUGUAUAGUUGGAAGGGACCACAGGGGUCACCUAUAAUGGUUAUUUUAUUAUGAUUAUUUUACUAUUAGGCUGUCUGUCAUCAUGUUUUUUUAUAAGGUUUUUCUGUAAUGUGUUUUUAAUGUUGUACACCCGCCCUGGGAACUUCUGGUACAGGGCAGUAUAUAAAUUGAAUGAUAAUGGUAAUAGUAAUUAUUGUUGUUGUUGUUACAGCCCUGUGCAAUGUAGGAAUAUUUCGCCUACUUGGGGCUCGAAUCUGUGCCCCUGAGAUUAAGAGUUUCAUCCUCUACCAAAUGAGUUAUUCCAAUUGUUUUUAAUAUUAUGUAAUAAUGCUAUAACCUGGGACAAAUGAAACAUCUAGUGACAAAUAUUUUCUUGCUUGAUUUGCAGUGAGGAAACGGCGAGGGCUGUGAUUCGAUGGACUCGGCACGAUGAUUCUGCAGACAGCUUUUGCGAAGUGGACGGUAUUGGCUGUUGUGGUUUAACAUGUUUCUGUCCCACCUUCCUCCCAAGUUGGGAUAUUUCCUGGGGGGUUUUUUGAACUCCUGCGCUUAACGCAGCUGGAAGAAUUUUAUUUUAAAAAACCCCAAUUCUUCUAGACUCGUGUCGCGUAAAUAGGGACAGCAGUGUUAUUCGUUUGUUUGUUGCCUUGUUGCUGUUGAUGUCAGCUUUUAAAAACCCUCGAAUUAAACCCGGCUGGUGGAGGCAGGGGGACGUAAAAAUUAAAAAGGAAGGCGUGUGGGGAGAGAGAGAGAGCAGGGCAAAGACGUAAAUAGAGCUCAUCAGUAUGCCACAUGCCCAGUCGUGUGGGGCAAACAAUAGCUGUUCUCAGGCAAUCGUUGUGCAGCUGUGGAACUCAUUGCCACAGGAGACAGCAAUGGCUAACAAGGGAAUUAGGCAGAUUCAUGGAGGAGGAAAGGGCUAUCAAUGGCUGUUGUUGUUUAGUUGUUUAGUCGUGUCCGACUAUUUGUGACCCCCUGGACCAGAGCACCCAGGCACUCCUGUCUUCCACUGCCUCCCGCAGUUUGGUCAAAUUCAUGCUGGUGGCUUCGAGAACACUGUCCCACCAUCUCAUUCUCUGUCGUCCCCUUCUCCUUGUGCCCUCCAUCUUUCCCAGCAUCAGGGUCUUUUCCAGGGAGUCUUCACUUCUCAUGAGGUGGCCAAAGUAUUGGAGCCUCAGCUUCAGGAUCUGUCCUUCCAGUGAGCACUCAGGGCUGAUUUCCUUCAGAAUGGAUCGGUUGGAUCUUCUUGCGGUCCAUGGGACUCUCAAGAGUCUCCUCUAGCACCAGAAUUCAAAAGCAUCAAUUCUUCGGCGAACAGCCUUCUUGAUGGUCCAGCUCUCACUUCCAUACAUCACUACUGGGAAAACCACAGCUUUAACUAUACGGACCUUCGCUGAGGCAGCAUAGUGUAGUGGUUAAGAGCGGUAGACUCGUAAUCUGGUGAACCGGGUUCGAUUCCCUGCUCCUCCACAUGCAGCUGCUGGGUUACCUUGGGCUAGUAAAUCAAAAUAUCAAUGGCUACUAGCCAGAAUAACUCUGCUCUGAUUCCACAGUUGGAGGCAUUGAUGGAAACCACAGGAAGGGAGAGUUGCUCCUGUGCUCAAAUCCUGAUUGCAGGUUUCCCACAGGCAUUUGGUUGGCAGCUGCCAGUACAGGAUCCUGGACUAGAUAGGGCAUUGGCCAGAUUCAACAGGCUCUUCCUAUGUUCAUAAGAACAUAUGGAAUAACAUAUGAGAUUUGGGUGGUGCACAGCGACAAGAGUAUUGUUCGCCCAGGAGUGGAAGCAAGAAGAAAUUCCGACGAAAGAAGAAUGGCAGACGAAAGUAAUGGACUAUGCAGAAUUGGACAAGAUGACAGGAAGGAUUCGAAACCUCUGGUGGGACCAGAGAUUUGCAGAAGAUUGGAAGAAGUAUAUGAACUAUCUAAAGAGCAAUUGCAACCAACAAAUUACACUAGUAGGACUGCAAGAAGUUUUGUAAGGAGAAAUAUACGAAGUGUUACAAAGUAGAAAAAGAUAGAGAUAUUGGUUAUGAGUUUGAAAUGUAAUAGGGAAAUUAAGAAAUGCAUACUAAGAGAUUAGAUUGGGAAAUUUUCAGACAGGACUGAUGGAAGUCAAAAAAUUGAAUAAGAUGUAAAAGUAGGUUUAAUUAUUGUGGAAAAUGGUAUGUUAAAAAAACUAAUAAAAAUUAUAUAUAUAUAAAAAAGGAGAUUUGGGUGGUGCUGUGGUCUAAACCACUGAGCCUCUUGGGCUUGCCGAUCAGAAGGUUGGCGGUUCGAAUCCCUGAGACGGGGUGAGCUCCUGUUGCUCUAUCCCAGCUCCUGCCAGCCUAGCAGUUCGAAAGCAUACCAGUGCAAGGAGAUAAAUAGGUACCACUGCAGCAGGAAGGUAAAUGGCAUUUCCAUGCACUCUGGCACUCGUCACAGUCCUCUGUGCGCCAGUAGCGGUUAGUCCUGCUAGCCACAUGACCCGGAAAGCUGUCUGUGGACAAACGCCGGCUCCCUCAGCCUGAAAGCAAGAUGAGCGCCGCAACCCCAUAGUCGCCUUUGACUGGACUUAACCAUCCAGAGGUCCUUUACCUUUAGUUUUACCUAUGGAGUAUCCACAGCUUUACAGGGACGCGGGUGGCGCUGUGGGUUAAACCACAGAGCCUAGGACUUGCCGAUCAGAAGGUCGGCGGUUUGAAUCCCCGCGACGGGGUGAGCUCCCGUUGCUCGGUCCCUGCUCCUGCCAACCUAGCAGUUUGAAAGCACGUCAGAGUGCAAGUAGAUAAAUAGGAACCGCUACGGCAGGAAGGUAAACGGCAUUUCCGUGCGCCGCUCUGGUUCGCCAGAAGCGGCUUAGUCAUGCUGGCCACAUGACCUGGAAGCUGUACGCCGGCUUCCUCGGCCAAUAAAGCGAGAUGAGCGCCGCAACCCCAGAGUCGGUCACGACUGGACCUAAUGGUCAGGGGUCCCUUUACCUUUAUCCACAGCUUUACAGAGGUCAGUAUCCUGUCCCUUUCUUGCAGGCUGAAAUGCUACAGCUCUGCAACGGAGAUAUCGCAUGAGUCUUCUUGCUUGAGCUCUCAGACCAGGCAAUUUCAAAAGCAAGAAGGUUAUUGGUGGGAGAACACAUAGGAGCGAGGGAAGGAAGGAAAUAUGGGGACUGUUAUUUACUUGUGGCUUCCCCCAAAGACAACAUUUGAUACAACCAACACAGUCCAUAAUCCUUGAAAUGUUCCUAAAAUGGAGUCUAAACCUUGGGCUGGUCACACUUCUCUGAAGUCUCUCAGCCCCGCUCACCUCACAGAGUGUUUGUUGUGGGGGAGGAAGGGAAAGGAGAACACAACAUGAGAGUCAGCGUGGUGUAGUGGUUAAGAGAGGUGGACUCGUAAUCUGGUGAGUCGGGUUCGCUUCCCCGCUCCUCCACAUGCAGCUGCUGGGUGACCUUGGGCCAGUCACACUUCUCUGAAGUCUCUCAGCCUCACUCACCUCACAUAGUAUGUUUUUUUUGUGGGGGGGAGGAAGGGAAAGGAGAAUGUUAGCUGCUUUGAGACUCCUUCGGGUAGUGAUAAAGCGGGAUAUCAAAUCCAAACUCCUCCUCUUCUUCUGUCUUUCUGAUUAAAAUACGGAAAUGUCUUUUUUCUUAGAUAUCCAGUCUCCAGAAGCGGAGUACGUGGAUUUGCUUCUCAAUCCAGAAGGUUACACUGGCUACAAGGGACCUGAAGCCUGGAAAAUCUGGAACAGCAUCUAUGAAGAAAACUGUUUCAAGUAGGUUCCUUUUGAGUGGCUGGAUUCUGAGAUUUAUUAAAUUAAAAACACACACACAUCCUUUUACAGCCCAUGGUUUCCUGCCAUGGGGUUAUUUGCUUGUUUAUAAAAUGCUUAUCACCCAAUAAUAGAAAGCAUAACUUUUGCUAUCAAAAAAGUGCAUGUGCUCUGCAUGUUUUUAUUGGAAGCCUUGUCUAUUCAUAUGAAUGUGUAUAAGGUUAUAUCCAAUUGUAUAAAUAGUCUGUAAUUUUUUAUUCAAACAAACAAGUUCAAAGUAAUAGUAAAAACAGUCAUAAAAGCAGGAAGAAUAAAAUUACAAGAUAAUAAGAAGAAGAAGAAGAAGAAAAAGAAGAGGUUGCAUUUUAUUUGAAAUUGUAUUUAUAUCUGUAACAACUUUUGCUUGCUUUUAUAUAUGCAAUAGUUGUUUUAUAUUUUUAUUGUAUUUUGCGGUCGCUUCAAAAUGCCUCCUAGGAAGUGAUUUGUUAAUUAAUUAAUUACUAAUGGAUUGCAUUUGCAUUUGUAAUAGCAAUUAUAUUUUAAAACGUUUAAAAAUACAUUAUAAAUCAUAAAAAAGCUUAUCGCCUGCCUCUCAAAUCUGCUUUCUUAGAUGACCUUUAACAAAAAAAUUAACAUCCGUACGAGAAAUAAAAGCAAAAAACAAACUAAUCCUAAAGCAGCAGUAAAAGCAGCCAAAUUGCAAAAAGUUUACAGCACCCAAAGACCCAUAAAAUAAGGCCACGGCAAUCCUGACAUGCGCCCAUAAUUUUAAAUGUUUCAGUAGGAAAAUACAAAGAACUCGGUUUAAAAGCUUGAACAAAUAGGCUUUUGGCACCAGUGUAAAAUGCUGUGAUCAUGGCAGGCGAUAGGUUAAAUGGUUAAGGGGUGGGUGUCCCAACUCCCGGGGGCCACAGCCAAAAAGACCCUGCUGUUUGCUGCUGUUUGCCUUUCUUCCAUAGACUCAGGUGUUGAAUUAAGAUGUCGAAUGACUAUCUUGACAACUGGGCAAGAUUCACAGUGGGGACUACAACUCCCAUCACCCCCAGCCAGCGCAGCAAAGGCUGCCGCAAUAAGCAGACUCUUUGCAGGCACCUGGCUCGCAAUAAUAAUAAUAAUAAUAAUAAUAAUAAUAAUAAUAAUAAUAUAGUAUUUAUACCCCGCCCAUCUGGCUGAGUUUCCCCAGUCACUCUGGGCGGCUUCCAAUCAAAUGUUAAAAACAGUGCAGCAUUAAAUAUUAAAAACUUCUCUGAACAGGGCUGCCUUCAGAUGUCUUUUAAAGAUAGGAUAGCUGCUUAUUUCCUUCACAUCUGGUGGUAGGGCAUUCUACAGGGCGGGCGCCACUACCGAGAAGGCCCUCUGCCUGGUUCCCUGUAACCUCACUUCUCACAAUGAGGGAACCGCCAGAAGGCCCUUGGAGCUGGACCUCAGUGUCCGGGCAGAAUGAUGGGGGUGGAGACGCUCCUUCAGGUAUACUGGACCGAGGCCGUUUAGGGCUUUCAAGGUCAGCACCAACACUUUGAAUUGUGCUCAGAAACAUACUGGGAGCCAAUGCAGAUCUCUCAGAACCGGUGUUAUGUGGUCUCGGCGGCCGCUCCCAGUCACCAGUCUAGCUGCCGCAUUCUGGAUUAAUUGCAGUUUCCAGGUCACCUUCAAAGGUAGCCCCACGGAGAGCGCAUUGCAGUAGUCCAAAACAUGGGCUUUGUAAGUCUGCGUUCUGAAUUGCCUCUAGAAACGGACGAGUUUCCUGUGAAGUUCUUUUAAAGAGUUGGCAUGAUGUGUUCCCUAACACAUGAUGGAAGGAUUGUAUCUCAGCUGUGAAAUAUUGGAAUUGCGUACAGAUUACUUUUGCCUUCAGAGCUUGAGCCAAGGGUAGCCUAGGAUGGGGCCUUUUCGGUGGUGGCACCCUGUUGGUGGAAAGUCACCCAAGCAGAGAUGUUCCUUUAGCAGGCAACAGUCAGCACGACUUUAUUUCCCUGGCCUUUUUGGCAGAAUGUUUGCUCUCUCCCACAGUCGAUUGGCUUGUUUUAGUGAUGGCUUUUUAAUAGAGAUCGUUUCUUUUCUUUUUUUCCAAAUAAUAUUUAUUAUUUUCAGUAGAUAAACAUAGAAAAAAAAAGAUUAACAAUAAUAAAAACAAAGAAUAAAAGAAAAAAAGAAAAGAGAAAAAAGAUACAUACAGCAUAUUACCACUUAAUUAAUUAAAAUUAAGUACCAUCCAUCUUCAUAAACAUAGUAUUUGACUUCCUCGAAUCUCUUCCAUCCGAAUUUCUUAGUAAUUAUAUGUAGCAGUUUCCAAUAUCAGUGUUUCAAAAGACCAUAUCACAGUCCUAAUCAUAUUACCGUACAUAACUUUCUUUAUCGUACAUUUUCUUAUUUAUAAAUUUAAUUCCAGUUUAAUCCUAGGCCUAAUUGUUUCUUUCAAGUGGUUACAUAUCUUUAAUAUUACAAUAUUUAUUCAAAUAGUCUUUAAAUUUCUUCUAGUCUUCUUGGUGUUCCUCUUCUUUCUGGUCGCGGAUUCUCCCGGUGAGAUCAGCCAGCUCCAUAAACUCCAUCAUCUUCAUUAUUAGAGAUCGUUUCUGGGGGGGAAAUGUAUGUCACCUGGAAAUCUGAUGGAAUGGUGGAAUACAAAUGUCUUUUAAAAAAUUAAAGCACCCUUUUGAUUAAUUUUUUUAAAAAAUACUUCUUUGUCUCCUAGACCUCAGUCCGUAAAAAGGCCUUUAAAUCCCUUGGCUUCUGGAAGAGGUGAGUUCAUAUUUUGUUUUACACUGCCUGCUUGAUGGUGCUGUAAAAUCAGUUUUUAUAGAAAUACAGGUUUUUUUAAAAAAAUGGGGAAAGCAGCUGAUACAAAUGAGAGAAUGGUUAAAGAGCCUGAAGAUUUUGCCAGGUGUGCAGAAAGAUAGCGAGGAAUUCGGUUUGGAAUUAGCCGCAGAUUUCAGAAUCCCCAGGGUUUCAAUUUUCAUUGAACCAAAAAGCAGAGUUUCUAGUCCCUGUGGAUGCAAAUCUAGACUUGAAAAGUAUGCUGGCAAUGGCUGUGUAGUGGCUGCAUAAGAUUCCCCGUUAUGGUAGGAUACAGUCAAAUAAGAGAGGAAAUGCAAAUUUGUAUAAUAAUGCAGGACUGGGAUGCAGAAUUUUAAUACCUUAUAAAGCAGAAUACACUUAGUCCUCAUCUUAGGUGGUCAGCCAAAUAAUCUAGACAUGCAGGGGGAAGUUGUUGCUCCUUUUUGAAAGUGUAGUGUGAGUGGUAACAUUAUCUUUUUCUUAAAUUUGCAGCUGCAGGAGAAAAUGAAGGUGAGUCUCUCUCCAGCUGGGGCCACGAAGGACAAAUUUCACGGAGGACAGAAAGCCUAGUUCCUGCUGUCAAUUAAUUCCAUGUUCCAUAUUAUUUCAACAUAACUUUGAAAUAAACAACUUAUAUCAAGUAAAGUAAUAUUCAAUAAUCCAUUAGAAUACAAUAAAAAGGUAAAGGAGCCCUGACCGUUAAGUCCAGUCGCGGACGACUCUGGGGUUGCGUACUCAUCUUGCUUUACAGGCUGAGGGAGCCGGCGUUUGUCUGCAGACAGCUUUCCAGGUCAUGUGGCCAGCAGGACUAAGCCGCUUCUGGUGAACCAGAGCAGCGCACGGAAAUGCCGUUUACCUUCCCGCUAGAAAGCGGUCCCUAUUUACUUGCACUUUGACGUGCUUUCGAACUGCUAGGUUGGCUGGUACUGAGCAAUGGGAGCUCACUCCAUUGCAGGGAUUUGAACCACCAACCUUACGAUCUGUCCGCGAAUGGUCCGGGAACCAGCGUGUUUUUACAUGAGUAGAAUGUGUCCUUUUAUUUAAAAUGCAUCUCUGGGUUAUUUGUGGGGCAUAGGAAUUCGAUCAUUUUUUUCCUUUUCAAAAUAUAAUCCGGCCCCCCACAAGGUCUGAGGGACAGUGGACCGGCCCCCUGCUGAAAAAGUUUGCUGACCCCUGAUAUAUAAUGUCUGUGGCAGCAACUCUGUUCUGAAGCCUCCUAGGGCUGGAGAGCGAGGGGCGAGGCAGGUGGAAAAAGCCAUCGCCUGACGGCCAGCACAAAACCUCUCUCCCCGGCUCCCAUCGCUCUUGACCACUGGCCAUGCCAGCUGCGGCCGAUGGCAGUUGGACGCCAGCAGCAUCUAGAAGCACCAGGGAAGUUGGAAGUCAGGUUCAUAAUCUGGGGCCAAGGUUCCCUUCAGUCUGAAUCCUAGCAGGGCUGUUGUGUUUAGCCCAGCCUUUUCCAACUUGGAGUUGCGCUCGCUGUGGCUGAUGGGACUUGUAGUUAAUAAUAAUAAUAAUAAUAAUAAUUUGUUAUUUAUACCCCGCCCGUCUGGCCGGGCCUCCCCAGCCACCCUGGGCGACUUCCAACAAAAGAUUAAAAUACAGUAGUCCAUCAAACAUUAAAAGCUUCCCUAAAAAGGGCUGCCUUCAGAUGUCUUCUAAAAGUCUGGUAGUUGUUCUUCUCUUUGACAUCUGGUGGGAGGGCGUUCCACAGGGCGGGUGCCACUACCAAGAAGGCCCUCUGCCUGGUUCCCUGUAACUUGGCUUCUCGCAGUGAGGGAACUGCCAGAAGGCCUUCAGAGCUGGACCUCAGUGUCCGGGCAGAACGAUGGGGCUGGAGACGUUCCUUCAGGUAUACUGGACUGAGACCGUUUAGGGCUUUCAAGGUCAACACCAACACUUUGAAUUGUGCUCGGAAACGUACUGGGAGCCAGUGUAAAAUAUCUGGAAGAGGCAGAAGGUUGACAGAGGCCAAUUACAACCUCUGCUUUGCAUGCAACAAAUGUGAUUUUUUAAAACAUUCACCUUUCUCUCAUGGAAGAAUCCUCCUGACUAUUGUCUUGUUUCUGUAUUUCCAGGGAACAUGUUUUACAGCUGGCUGCAAGGUACCCACCUUUUCCUGUUUGCUUCGCUCUCGAUAACCAAGGCAAUAUUGUAUUAUUUAUUACAAUGCUGUUAUUAGUAGCACUAGCAUUAUUUUAACGUACAGUGGUGCCUCGCAAGACGAAAUUAAUCCGUUCCGCGAAUCUCUUCGUCUAGCGGUUUCGUCGUCUUGCGAAGCAACCCUAUUAGCGGCUUAGCGGCUUAGCGCUACUAGCGGUUUAGCUGCUAUUAAAGGCUUAGCGGCUUAGCUGCUAAAAGGCUAUUAGCGGCUUAGCGGCUUAGAAAAAGGGGGGGGAGCGGAAAAAAAUCUCAAGACUCGCAAGACAUUUUCGUCUUGCGAAGCAAGCCCAUAGGGAAAUUCGUCCUGCGAAGCAACUCAAAAACGGAAAACCCUUUCGUCUAGCGGGUUUUCCGUCUUGCGAGGCAUUCGUCUUGCGGGGCACCACUGUAUUACCUACCCUUCUUCCAAACUGCAGAUUGCAUCAGUUUAAAACACAGUAUAGAAACCUACGCUGCAUUUAUUCCAUUGCCCAAUUUUUAUACUCUCAGCUGCAGGUGUGCUCCCUUCCUUCCUUUUUCAAUAUCUCUGAAUAUUUCUUGCAGGUGUCUGUGUGGAGAAGAGGGCUUUCUACAGGCUCAUUUCGGGCCUCCAUGCCAGCAUUAACAUCCAUCUCAGCGCCAGGUACCUUUUGGAAGGUACUGCAUUCUAAUUCCUUUGGGGAGGCUAUUGUUUUUUUGCUUGUUUUGCUGUUACUUAUUUUGUGUGCAGGACCGUCCUGCAGCCAAUCGGAAGCUGCGCUGGACAUCCGGCUUCCGGAAAUCGUUCGAAAACUGGAACACUCACUUCCGGGUUUCGAUCGUUCAGGAGCCAAGGCGUUCGGCUUCCAAGGUACAGUGGUACCUCGGAAGUCGAACGGAAUCCGUUCCAGAAGUCCGUUCGACUUCCAAAAUGUUCAGAAACCAAGGUGCGACUUCCGAUUGGCUGCAGGAAGCUCCAAUCGGAAGCCGCGUCGGAUGUUUGGGUUUCAAAGAACAUUCGCAAACCGGAACACUCGGUUUGCGGCAUUCGGGAGCCAAAACAUUCGACUCACAAGGCCUUCGCGAACCAAGGUAUGACUGUAUAUAAAUUUAACUAAUAAUAAUACAGUCAUACCUCAGGUUACAGAUGCUUCAGGUUGUGUUUUUUCGGGUUGCGGGCUGCCGAAACCCGGAAGUACCAGAACAGGUUACUUCCGAGUCUCGGCAGUCGCGCAUGCGCAGAAGUGCUAAAUCGCACUUUGCGCAUGUGCAGAAGCGCUGAAUCACAACCAGCGCGUGUGCAGACGCAGGGUGCGAACGUGCAUCCCGCAUGGAUCACGUUUGCAACCCGAGCGUCCACUGUACAGUGGUACCUCGGUUUAAGGACAGUCCUGUUUGAGAGCAAUUCGGUUUACGAACUCCGCAAAACCAGAAGUAGUGUCCCGGUUUGCGAACUUACUUUGGUCUAAGAAGGGAAUCCAAACGGUGGAAGGGCACCAAGGCCUCAUUAGGGAAAGCGUGCCUCAGUUUAAGAACGGUUUCAGUUUAAGAACGGAUUUCCGGAAUGGAUUAAGUUUGUAAACUGAGGUACCACUGCAAUAGUAAUAGUAAUAAUAAUAAUAAUAAUAAUUUUUAUUUAUACCCCACCCUCCCCGGCCAGAGCCAGGCUCAGGGUGGCUAACACCAGUAAAAUUACAGUAAAAACAUAAUAGGGGGGGAAAACACAAUUUAAAAUACAGGUUAAAUGCAAUUUAAAUGCAGCCUUAUUUUAAAAGUAGCCCAUAGAUCAAAACCCUAAGGGGAGGGAAUGUUCCACAUACUUCCAAGAAGGCUGAGAGUCCUUUGACGCCUUUCCUUUUUCCUUUCCCCAAGACACGUGGGCAGCCGAGCGUUGGGGCCACAACAUCACGGAGUUCCAGCAGCGCUUUGAUGAGGUCCUGACUCAGGGCGAGGGUCCCAGGCGGCUCAAGAAUCUCUACUUCCUCUACCUGAUAGAGCUGCGGGCCCUCUCCAAAGCCCUCCCGUACUUCCAGCGCCCCGAUUUCCAGCUGUUCACGGGGGCCGAAAGCCAGGAUGAAGAAACCAAGAGCCGCCUGUUGGAAAUCCUGCAUUUGACCAAGUAAGUGGCUUUGGCUUGAGGUCUCGUGGGUGGGAGGGGUUGGGGGGUGUCUUGAGGAAGGGGGAGGUGGCAGCAAGCUCUUUUGCUUGCUUUUUUAUAAUAAUUUUUAUUAGUUUGCAAUUACAGUCCAAUAAUAGCCUCGUUAUAAAGGUAAAGGGACCCCGACCAUUAGGUCCAGUCGUGGCCGAUUCUGGGGUUGCGGCGCUCAUGUCGCUUUAUUGGCCGAGGGAGCCGGCAUACAGCUUCUGGGUCAUGUGGCCAGCAUGACUAAGCCGCUUCUGGCGAACCAGAGCAGCGCAUGGAAACACCGUUUACCUUCCCACCGGAGUGGUACCUAUUUAUCUACUUGCACUUUGUGCUUUCGAACUGCUAGGUUGGCAGGAGCAGGGACCGAGCAACGGGAGCUCACCCCGCCACGGGGAUUUGAACCGCCGACCUUCUGAUCGGCAAGUCCUAGGCUCUGUGGUUUAACCCACAGCACCACCCGCAUCCCUUUAGCCUCAUUAUAGCAAUGCCAUAUUACAAUACAAUUGCUAAUACCAAUCAUUCACAUACCAAACUAUAUAAUUUAGGUGCCCCCCACCCCACAAGCUAGAAUUGAGGGUUUGAUUAUAUUCUUUAUUUCUGCGUUCCAAAAUCUUAUCAAUUUUGAUUACACUCCAGUCGAGAAGACCAUCACUUAGACAACAACUGCAAUAUUAACAGCUUCCAUUCGUGUCGACACAUUAAAUGGCUUAUGAAACUACAAAUGAGGCACUCAAAACUAAAUCCUUCUUCUUCCUGUGUGUGGCACUUAUUCUGUCUGUGACAUUUCGUCCUGUCAAGCUAUUUUGCUUUAUGUGUGUGUUUUUCUCGGUGUGCAGAAUUUGAAUUACCUGGAUGUAGUGAUAGAUUUGAGGCUGGUGAGGACAUAUUGCCAUCUGUCUCAUACGUGAUGGGGCUUGCCCUCCCUCUGCUGCCAAAUCUGUUCCAGAGGGACUCCCAAUCCUCAAGAGCAGAUUUGGGGGUUGGUUGGUGGAAGGGGGCUGCAGGGGGAGGGAGAACAGGCUAGUAAGGGCUGACAUGGUAGAAGUUUAUAAAACUAUACAUGGCCUGGAGAAAUAUAAUAAUAAUAAUAAUAAUAAUAAUAAUAAUAAUAAUAAUAAUUAUUUAUUUGUACCCUGCCCAUCUGGCUGGGUUUCCCCAGCCACUCUGGGCGGCUUCCAACAAAAGAUCAAAAAUACAUUAAAAUGUCACACAUUAAAAACUUCCCUAAACAGGGCUGCCUUCAGAUGUCUUCUAAAUGUCAGGUAGUUGUUUAUCUCUUUGACAUCUGCUGGGAGGGCAUUCCACAGGGCGGACGCCACCACCGAGAAGGCCCUCUGCCUGGUUCACUGUAACUUGGCUUCUCGCAGGGAGGGAACCACCAGAAGGCCCUCGGCGCUGGACCUCAGUGUCCGGGCAGAACGAUGGGGGUGGAGACGCUUCUUCAGGUAUACUGGACCAAGGCCGUUUAGGGCUUUAAAGGUCAGCACCAACAUUUUGAAUUGUGUUUGGAAACGUACUGGGAGCCAAUGCAGAUCUCUCAGGACCGGUGUUAUGUGGUCCUGGUGGCCGCCCCCAGUCACCAGUCUAGCUGCCGCAUUCUAGAUUAAUUGCAGUUUCCGGGUCACCUUCAAAGGUAGCCCCACGUAGAGCGCAUUGCAGUAGUCCAAGCGGGAGAUAACCAGAGCAUGCACCACUCUGCCAAGACUGUCUGCGGGCAGGGAGGGUCUCAUCCUGCGUACCAGAUGGAACUGGUAAACAGCUGCCCUGGACACAGAACUGACCUGCCCCUCCACGGACAGCUGUGAGUCCAAAAUGACUCCCAGGCUGUGCACCUGGUCCUUCAGGGGCACAGUUGCCCCAUUCAGGAUCAGGGAGUCCUCCACACCAGCCCGCGGGCAGAGAAGUUUUUCUCCUCCUAACACUAGAACUGAACCUGAAUGCUGGAACAUUCAGGACAGAGGAAAGAAAAAUCCUUCACGCAGUGCUGAGUUAAACUGUGGAACUAACUCCCUCCCACUGGAAACAGUGAUGGCCACGAACUUGGAUGGCUUUAAAAGAGGACUGGGCAAAUUCCAGAGCAGGGGGCUAUUGAUGACUUCUAGCCAGGAUGGCUCUUUUCUGUCUCCCUGGUUGAUGGCAGCAAUGCUUCUGAACACCAGUUGCUGGAAACCCCAUUAGGGAUGAGAUGUUCUUGAGUUCGAAUCCUGCUUCCUAGCUUCCUACAGAUAUCCGCCUGGCCCCUGCGAGAAGACUAGAUGGGCCAUUGGCUUGACCCUGCAGGCUCCUUUUAUGUUUUUAAGCAACUAAACAGCACAGCAAAUAGAUAGGCUAACUUGCAGUUUUUUAAUGACUCCGAAGGUAUUGAUUUUAUACAGUGCUUUUUUUCUUUAAAAAUGUUUAGGGGAACUCUCAUUUCCUGCUCAUAUUGAAAUACUGACCCUCAAUGAGGCCAAACUUCGAUUCACAAAAUGUUUAGGGGUAUGCGUUCCCCCCAGAAAAAAAGCACUGGUUUUUUGUAAACGGCGUGCCAACGAAGGACUCCAAUUAUAAACGAUGUUUCGUUUCUGCUUUAGAUCGUUCCCUUUGCACUUCAACGAAAAUUCACUCUUUGCUGGGAGCCAAAAAGAAGCGGCUAAAUUGAAGGUAAGAUUCUGUCUCUGGUGGCAAACAAACAUUUUUUUUGGGGGGGGGGCAAAAUUUACUGUCUCUCUGCUGCAAUUAUGGCAAUGAUCGUUAUGUGAAGGUUGGGGGGGGAAUGGCUUCCUCCCCCAUUAUUUUCUGGAUCUUCAUAUGUAUAGGAGGUGACGUCUUCUACUCUGACUGCAGAAACUAGUGUGAUGUUACUGUAAGGUUACCAGAUUUUUUUUUCAAAGAAUCCAGGGACACUUUUUAAAAAAAAAAAAAAAAGAGAAAAAAACAUUUAUUUUAAAAAAGUUAAAAAAAAGAAAAAAAGAAGUAAUAUCUUCUCUUCUGUGGUCUCCUCUAUUGGGCUGCCUUCCUCUGGGUCCCAGCCUGCUCUCUUGGAGCACUAGCCGACGUGGAGUAGUCUCGGAUCGGGCCUGGGCUCGGCCACGUGUCCUUGCCCUCCCAGUGCUCUCCUACCUCUCCCCUCUUUUUUCUCCUUCCUCUUUCUCUCUCUUCCUUCUCCUCCUCUCCUCCUUCUCCCUGCGUCAGCUCCAGGGUUUUCCUGGCCCCGGAGCGCCGCUGGGCAGUUGGACGGGUGGCCAGGCGCUCUUGCUCCCAGUUCAAUUUGUGUCGUGGGGGGGCGUCAGCAGUUCCCCCAGUUGACACGCCGGGCGUUCCCAGUUCCCCUUGGCAGUGGCGGUGGUGGCAGCAGCAGUGGCAGCAGCCCGGAGCCAGCCUGGUAGCACAGUUGGCUCUGGCUGGCUUCAGGAGCUGCUCACUUCCGUGGUUGCAUUUUGCCUUGCUGGAAGUCUAAUAAUAAUAAUAAUAAUAAUUCAUUAUUUAUAUCCCACCCAUCUGGUGUGUCUUGUGCCAUUGAACCAAUCAUGCAACAUUCAUUCCCUACUAAUAAAUCUACAACACUUUAAAUAUAAAUCCGGGGACAUUAAAUGAAAUCCGGGGACAGAUUUAGACCGGGGACAGAUUUGUAAAUCCGGGGAUUGUCCCCGGGAAACGGGGACGUCUGGUAUGUUGCUGAAUAUUCCAUCGGCACCUGGGGGCGGCAGGGAGCCGUCGUUGACGAAAUGUUCCAUGUCCAACUUCUGUGAGGGAAGUGUAGCUGUCAGUUUGGCUGGGAGGAAAACAGCCCAGAGGCCACAGCAGGAGCUGUGUGGGAUGGGUGGAGGUCUGGAAAUUCCCAAAGGUGUGGAAUUCAAGGGGCAGGAAGUCUAGGGCAGGGGUGGGCAGCCUGCGGCCCGGGGGUGUCAGGGCAGAGGGAAAGAUGGGAGAAAGGGGUUGGCAGAGAGACAAAGAUUUUCAACUCUAUUCUCACUCCACUGCUCUCAAGUGGCCCCCUGAUGGACUGCUCCAAAGGAAUGUGGCCUUUGACGGAAAAUAAGGCCCCCACACCAGGUCUAGAGGCAGGUUAGUCAACGGAAAGGGGGGUGAGGUAAGCAAGGGAGGUGCCUAAAAUUUAAAGAAAAAAGAUAAUUCUUUCAGAUCUGGUUUGUAAAAUCACAGCAGUAGUUCGGACUGGGAAGUCCUAAAGGAGCAGAGAAGUGUGCUUGUAUGCGUUGAAUUCACACACGUUUAUACGAACCAAAUGCAACUGAGGGACUCCAAAAUGUAUUCUGCAUACGGCAGGGUUUUUAAUUGUCAGCAUGGGUUUUUAUUGUGAAAUCACUUAAGAUAUUUCAUGGGAAGUGAUUCAUGAAAGGAAUGAAUUAAUUAAUUAACAGAAGCUAAACAUCCCAACCUGGAGUUUCUUAGCAAUCGGGUUAAAGACAAACCAGUGGACUGCUUUCUAACGACAUUUUCUUCUCUCUUUCCCUCCUUGCCAAACCAGGAAGAAUUUAGACUCCAUUUUAGGAACAUUUCAAGGAUUAUGGACUGUGUUGGUUGCAUCAAAUGCCGUCUUUGGGGAAAGCUGCAAGUAAGUAACAGUCCCCAUCUUUCCUUCCUCCCCUCGCUCCUCACAAAGAUUUUUCAUUCCUUUGCACAUUUGCUGCAGGCUAAUGCACACAGGUGGGACGCAGGUGGCACUGUGGGUUAAACCACAGAGCCUAGGACUUGCCGAUCAGAAGGUUGGCGGUUUGAAUCCCCGCUACGGGGUGAGCUCCCGUUGCUCGGUCCCUGCUUCUGCCAACUUAGCAGUUUGAAAGCACGUCAAAGUGCAAGUAGAUCAAUAGGUACCACUCCAGCGGGAAGGUAAACGGUGUUUCCGUGUGCUGCUCUGGUUCGCCAGAAGCAGCUUAGUCCUGCUGGCCAUAUGACCCGGAAGCUGUACGCUGGCUCCCUCAGCCAAUAAAGUGAGAUGAGCACUGCAACCCCAGAGUCGUCCGCGACUGGACCUAAUGGUCAGGGGUCCCUUUACCUUUGCCUUUAAUGCACACAGGUAUAGUCUGCUAAGAACUUAAAAGUUUUGUUGUUGAUCAUCGCAAGCCACUCUGGGAACCUGUUUUGGCUGAAGGGCAAAUACUUCAGUUUUUAAUACUUAAAAUAAGGCUUCCCUAUCCUGGUGCUGUCCAGAUGUUGUUUGACUAUCACAGAAUUAUAGAAUUAUGGAAUUGAAAGGGACCUUGAGGAUCAUCUAGCUCAGGCAUAGGGAAACUCCAGCCCUCCAGAUGUUUGGACUACAAUUCCCAUAAUCCCUGACCACUGGUCCUGUUAGCUAGGGAUGAUGGGAACUGUAGUCCCAAACAUCUGGAGGGCCAGAGUUUGCCUAUGCCUGAAUUCUAGUCCAACCCCCUGCAAUGCAGGAAUCUCAGCUAAAGCAUCCAUGACAGAUGUCCAUCCAGCCUCUUAAAAACCUCUAAGGAAGGAGAAUCUUAUCACCUCCCGAAGGAGACCAUUCCACUAUCAAACAGCUCUUACUGUCAGAAUGUUUUUCCUGAUGUAUAGUUGAAAUCUCCUUUCUUGUAACUUGAAUCCAUUGGGCUCAGGUGCUUUCUUCCAGAUCAGGAGAAUACAAGCCCUAUAAUUCCUUACUCUUUAGCCAUGCUUGCUAGGGAUGAUGGGAGUUUAAGGUUCUAGCCAGGGGUGGAGAUCCUCAAGGCCAGAGACUGAGUGUGGCCCUCCAUGCCUCUAUCUGGCCCUUGAAAUUCUCCCCAGGCCACACCCCUUCAUUGGCCCUGGACAGGUAGACGUAACCCAAUUCUUGUUCCCAUUGUGUACAGACUCAGGGCUUGGGAACAGCUCUGAAGAUCCUGUUUUCUGAAAGCCUGAUAGAAAACAUGCCGGAGAAAGGACCCUCGCCCAAAUUCCAUCUAACGAGGCAGGAAAUUGUGUCCCUCUUCAACGCCUUUGGAAGGUGAGUGUGAGGUUUCGUGUCUGGAAACCUGCAGCUUCAACAUAGUUUUGUGCAUGCAAAAACCGGAGACCCCAAUUUGCUUGGAAUUUUAUGCAAGGUUAUAUACGGGAACUUGUAUCCGCUCAGGCUGUGUAUUCAUCCCUUGGAUGGGCUCUGCCUGCGCUGUUACAGGCAUAUUACCAUACUUUUCCGUUUAUAAGACGCCCCCUAUUUUGGGACUCAAAAUUAAGAAAAUGGGGGGAGAUUGCCCAGAGUUGUUGAGAUUUGGGGGGGGGAGGGUGCCAAAAAACGCUCACGCGAUGCAGAAGCCUCCAAUCAUAUUUUCGCUCGCCGCCUCGUCUUAUACACGGAAAAGUAUGGUAAUCUGCAAACAUAGGACUAGAAACAUGCUCGUUUAUUUUCAAAAAAGAAAAGCAAGCUGCGAUGCUCAGGGAGCCGAGUUCAUUCUGGGGUUGUUGUUUUUUUGUGCCUCUGGGGAACUGCAGGGUGCAGACGGCUCUGCCUUUGGCUGUGUUUUGAGUCCAAAAGCUACCGUAUUUUUCACUCUAUAGGACGCACUUUUUCCCCUCCAAAAAUGAAGGGGAAAUGUGUGUGCGUCCUAUGGGGCGAAUGCAGGCUUUCGCUAAAGCCUGGAGAGCGAGGGGGGUUGGUGCGCACCCACCCCUCUCGCUCUCCAGGCUUCAGGAAGCUAUCCGCAAGCCGUGGGAGAGCUGCGCACAGUCGCGCAGCUCUCCCACGGCUUGUGGAGAGCUGCCUGCACCCCGAAGCCUGGGGGGCGCUGAGCUCAGCGCGCCCCCAGGCUUCGGGCUUCGCGCAGCUCUCCCACGGCUUGUGGAGAGCUGCCUGUUCUGGGGGCUGGGGUCGGGGGAAGCUCGGGCUUCCCCAGCCCCACGCCUGGGGGGAAAAUUCCCCCCCUUUAUUUCCCCCCCCCCCCCCCAAAAAAACUAGGUGCGUCCUAUCCUAUGGGCCGGUGCGCCCUAUGUGCCGAAAAAUGCAGUACCUAAGAUCACGCUCUUUCCCUCUUGUGUCUCCCAAUUCAGGAUUUCAACAAGUAUUAAGGAACUGGAAAACUUCAGGAACCUGCUGAGACCUCUCCACUGAAGCCGUUUCCUGAUAAAGACUGGCACUCCUGUUCUCCGCUGAUGGUUGCUGCAUCGUGGCCAGGCUAGCCCCCCAACCCCACCCCGAUCUUGGCAAGAAGGGGGAGUGUGGGACUGUAAACCAGCAACCUUGCUUCCCCAGCUUGCGAGUUUUAUACUGGCCACAACUCCCGAUGCAAGACUUAAUCUUCCAGGGCUUCCUGGUCCUGUCGUCUUUGUGAUCUGCCAUGCAGCGUCUUACGUGACCGAAUCUCUCUCAAUGGUGGAAGGCAAAACUCACCUCGGUUAAGUAAUCCUCAGCCUGCAGUUUUCAUUUAAGGAUCUAUGAAGUGCCUUUCUGGAUCAGGCCCAAGCCCAGAGGUUCUUUGCAAGGAUCCCAGUACGGUGCCACCUCUGUUUUAGGGGGUGCAAUGGAGAUACCGCUUCUGUGGGAAACCCUUGCUUUUGAACCAUUUCAUUUUAAUUAGAUGAGAGAACUGGCAGCUGCCCUUUAAAAAGACCCCCCCCCUCCAAAUAAAUGCAGUUAAACCCAAACACAAGUUAGCUCUAAAGCAGUGGGUAGCACUCCUCUUUGGGAGUUUUGGACUAGAAUUCCCACCCAGUGGCGUAUCGUGGAGAGGGUGGUGGUCCACAGGGGGGGUUGCCCUGGGAGCUAAAUUUCAGCACUCGGUUCCAUCACCGCUCCGUUGAAAAUGGCUUGUCCAUGCAAACCAGGAACUGGUGAUGCACACUGUUAGGAAGUUGAACGCGCAUGCAUAUUCAAUCCAUUUCCCUGCCUCUGCGCAGCCCCGGGCACCGGCAACCCACGCUAGGCCACCGCUCCCACCAUCCUACCUAACCAUUCACCGCACUGCCAGGAACUGGGAGUCCAAAACAGCCGGGAGGGGGCACCAUGUUAACCAUCCCUUGCUCUACAGUGCUGUAUGGCACAGUCCUCAGGGAGGUACGGUAUACGAAGCACACUCCCCAGGGAGAUAUCUCCAUCUGAGCACACCUGGAUACAGGCCAGAUCUGGGCUAGGCAGAAAUUUGCUCUGCUGCCCCAGGGAUCUUCUGCUGGGUCAAAGAUCUUCUCCCCUAUUCUUUUGGGAAAUCCUUACAAGAGCUCUGUAGUGUACCCUGGUCAUAGGCCUGUGCUUCGGGUAAGCUGAUAAUCCGCAGUUGCAGACUGCCCUUAGAGCACAGUGUAAAGGUAAAGGUAAAGGGACCCCUGACCAUUAGGUCCAGUCGUGGCCGACUCUGGGGUUGUGGCGCUCAUCUCGCUUUAUUGGCCGAGUGAGCCGGCGUACAGCUUCCGGGUCAUGUGGCCAGCAUGACUAAGCCGCUUCUGGCGAACCAGAGCAGCACACGGAAACGCCGUUUACCUUCCCGCCGGAGCGGUACCUGUUUAUCUACUUGCACUUUGACGUGCUUUUGAAGUGCUAGGUUGGCAAGAGCAGGGACCGAGCAACAGGAGCUCACCCCGUCGCGGGGAUUCAAACCGCCGAUCUUCUGAUCGGCAAGUCCUAGGCUCUGUGGUUUAACCCACAGCGCCACCCGCGUCCCUAGCUGCUAUUAAAAGGCAAAAUUAUGUUGGAUGUGACUUGAUAUCUUUUUCUAAGAGAAGGGUGACCUCCCAUCAAUCUUCAUGGAGGUUAGAGUAACAUUCUCCUCUUGUAACUCAUGGGCACCCAAGGAAGCUGCAAGUUGGAAGAGUUAGGGUAGAUAAAAGAAAGUGCCUCUUUGCACAGCACAUAGUUAAGCCUGGAGAACUCGUUUGCAUAGGAAGAAGCAAUGACCACCAGCCUAGAGGGCUUUAAAUGAGGAUUACCGUAUGCUCCGGCGUACAAGAUAAUAAUAAUAAUAAUAAUUUAUUAUUUAUACCCCGCCCAUCUGGCUGGGCUUCCCCAGCCACUCUGGGCGGCUUCCAAAGAAAAUAUUAAAAUACUGUAAUACAUCAAACAUUAAAAACUUCCCUAAACAGGGCUGCCUUCAGAUGUCUUCUAAAUGUCAGGUAGCUGUUUAUCUCUUUGACAUCUGGUGGGAGGGCGUUCCACAGGGUGGGCGCCACUACCGAGAAGGCCCUCUGCCUGGUUCCCCGUAACUUGGCUUCUCGCAGCGAGGGAACCGCCAGAAGGCCCUUGGCACUGGACCUCAGUGUCCAGGCAGAAUGAUGGGGGUGGAGACACUCCUUCAGGUAUACUGGAUGAAUUUUUAUUCCUAGAAAAUCACCCCAAAAGUUGGGGGUUGUCUUAUACGCCGGGUAUACACUUUGGGAUGAAGAAGAGGGAGCUGGUGAGCAGAGGCGCCCCUUGUGCCGUCGCUACUCCUCCCUCCCCCAGAAGGGGACGCGGAAAGACCUUCCGAGUGCAGUGCUCACCCGCCCGCCCAACACCUCGCCUCGGGCUGCUGCUGUGACGGCAGAGGCAGCGGAGGGGUGUGCGCUUUGUCCCUGGCUGGCGCUCAAACUCUAUAAUUGAACAGCAAAAGUUGAGGGUUGUCUUAUACGCCUAGUCGCCUAAUACGCCGGAAUCUACGGUAGGCAAGUUUAUGGAGGAGAAGGCUACCAAUGGUUACUAUCCGACCAACAAAGGCUUCCCCUUCGGGCAUCUGAUUGGCCACUGCGUGAACAGGAUGACGGGCCAUUGGUCUGAUCCAGGAAGGUGGUUCUUAGUAUUUUUGGUCCCAGCACUGAACCUGAACUGUCCAAGUGCCCUGUUGGGUUUCCUCCGCCCAACCCUUCUCUCGCUGAAGAAGGGUUUGGAUUUGAUACCCUGCCUUUCACUCCCCUUAAGGAGUCUCAAAGCGGCUAACAUUCUCCUUUCCCUUCCUCCCCCACAACACACACUCUGUGAGGCGAGUGGGGCUGAGAGACUUCAGAGAAGUGUGACUGGCCCAAGGUCACCCAGCAGCUGCAUGUGGAGGAGCGGGGAAGCGAACCUGGUUCCCCAGAUUACGAGUCUACCGCUCUUAACCACUACACCACACUGGCUCUCUGCUUAAUGUUACCUCAUUUGACAAAACGCUUCGCACUCUGGAACUGCUACGCUGGUCUCAGGAAAAAGAGAGAGGCUCCCGAAUGAUUUUUUACUGUGAAUGUUAGCAGAGAAGGGCAACACCCGCCCCCAAAUUUCUGUCCACUUCUCCUGAGAAAGCAGAAAGGAAUUCCGAGCAAUGAUUUGUGCAACUGUACUCGAUGUGCUGUGACCUGUAGGGGGAAGUGAUGUGGAAAGGACUCAGGUUUGUAAAAAAACCCACAAAUGUGCAUGAAUACAGAAGUGGGACAUACAGACCUG